AUGGACGCUGGAGUGGAAAGUCUUUUUGGACAACUGAAAGCAGCGCUCAAUAAGCCGGCUGAAACAAGUUCAGGUGCUUUGAAAGAGGAUAAGAGCCGCGGAUGGGACCAACUAGAUGUGCUUUCGAUGGAAGAUGAACAGGAGACCAAGAGACAGCAGAGAUUUGAAAAAAUUGAAAAGAGUCUGAGAAAGUUGCCAAAGCUGAAUGAUGAGUUCGACAAGAUGGCAACGGAGACUAAAAAUGCAGCUAGACACACUACUGUUAAGAACACAGACGUCGAGAAUACAGGGGCCAAAAGGGCACAAGCUGCCGAAGAUUGGUUCACUCUGCCAAAGCCCGACGGAGAAAUGCUCGCCAAAGCGCAGCGCGAUCUCGUGCUGAUCAAGCAUCGUAGUGCACUAGAUCCCAAGAGACACUACAAGAAAGACCGCUGGAAAGUUCCCGAGAGAUUUGCCAUUGGCACGAUCGUAGAGAACAAGACUGAGUUCUUCAGUUCAAGAAUGACCAAUAAAGAGCGUAAGUCUACCAUCCUGGAAUCACUCAUGAGCGACAAGGACACCACCGGCUAUUUCAAGAGAAAGUACGCUGAAAUUCAAGUGAAGAAGACCAGCGGUAAGAAAGCCCACUAUAAGAAGAUGAAAUCUAUGCGCCACCGCUGA